AUGGAUGACCAAUUUGGAGGACGUACCGACGAUGACCUCUUCUACGAUGACUUCGAACCUGUCGAGAGCGAGACCGUCAUCACCACUGAAGCCGUACCGGAGCCCCAGCCUGCACCUGUAGCACCGGUCCAGGAGCCAACCACUCCUCAAGAGAAGCCAGCGCCAGCUCCCGCACCAUCGGCCCCCGCCUCAAAACCUGCUGGCCUCUCUUCGUCACGAUAUGCCGAUAAGCCAGCUCCCCCCAAACCCGCAAAGCAAGCUCCUCAACCGACAUCCAACGCACCUCCUAAUGCCCCAACGGCUCCUCGCGAGAAGAACAACCAUGGUUCGCAAAAUACCGCCGCCAAUUCUGCAGCUCGUCUUCAAUCUGGCGCAAACCCGCGACAGAAGCUCACGGACGAAGAACUCGCUGCCAAGAUGGAGAAAAUGAAGCUUCUCAACGCAGAGAAGGCGCGCAAGUUUGAGAAGGCCGAAAAGGAUGAGAAGGAUCAUGCUGCGGCGUAUGCUCGCGGCAUGGAGGAGGCUAAGAAGCGCCGCGCUGAGGAAGCUGAGCGACGUAAGCGUGGCGAAGAGGACAAGCGCAGGCUUGACGACGAACGUGCUAAGAAUCGAGAGCGAAAGCUCAAAGCCAUGGGUAUGAAGGAGGGUGGAUGGGAUGAAGGCAAGGAUGCUCUCGAAGAGGAGGAAAACAGACGUUUCCGCGGCGCAAAUGGUGGUAUUCGAGGAUCGAGAAGCUCCGGUCUUGGUGGAAGUCGGUACGCUUCGAAGGAUAACGAGGAACAUGACGUGGAUCGCUUCUUGGACGAGCGACAUCGCGGCGGAAGGGGUAGAGGACGUGGCCGUGGAGGCCGAGGAGGCCGAGGCGGACGCGGCGGCCAUGAAGGCGCACCACCAGCACCCGUCAAACAAGCUGUCCCAGCAGCCGAAGACUUCCCAGCUCUACCUGGUGAGGUUAAGAAGAACGCACCCGCACCAGCGAACGAUAAGCCGGCCUUUGCGGCAGCGGCAGCUGGGCCUCCACCACCACUGCCACCACCCACUGGUGGAAAGUGGGACGAAGAGAUGGAUGAGUAUGAUGAACUGAACAAGAAGUCAUGA